UUGCCGCAAAGUGUCGCGCAGCGCCGCCGGAGGUUGCUGUGUGGGCCGCGGGCCGUGCCCGGAGCCGUGCCGCGGUGAGCCCCGCCGGGCGGAGCGCGGCCCCAUGGGCGGGGGGCGGUGAUUCCCGCCCUUCCCCGCCCCGCUCCCGCCGCGCCGGCAGCGCCAUGGAGGAGGAGAGCAUGGAGGAGGAGGGUGGCGGCGGCGGAGAGCCCAUGAUGGACGACCAGAACCACAACAACUGGGGCGCCGGCGGCUACGGGCGGCACCUGCUGGGCUCCGCCGCAGGGCAGGUCGGUGACCGCUUCCUACGCGAGGCCGCCGCCGGGACCCCGGCCGGGACCGAGCUCUCCGAGGCCAACGGCAUGCUGCAGGGCUGCGAGGCGGGGGGCGCCUCGUGCAAGGGGGGAGCCGGAGCCAUCGCCGCUGCCAUCAACAUCAACGCCUCGACCUCCAAGUUCCUAAUGAAUGUUAUAACAAUUGAAGACUAUAAGAGCACAUAUUGGCCAAAGUUGGACAGUGCCAUAGAUCAGCUUCUAACUCAGAGUCCUGGUGACUACAUCCCUAUCUCCUAUGAACAAAUAUACAGUUGUGUGUAUAAGUGUGUAUGCCAGCAGCAUUCGGAACAGAUGUAUAGUGACCUAAUAAAAAAGAUAACUAACCACUUAGAGAGAGUCUCAAAGGAGCUGCAGGCCAGCCCUCCAGAUCUCUAUAUUGAAAGAUUUAACGUAGCUCUUGGACAGUAUAUGGGAGCAUUGCAGAGCAUUGUGCCUCUUUUCAUAUAUAUGAAUAAAUUUUACAUAGAAACCAAGCUUAACAGAGACUUAAAAGAUGACCUUAUAAAGCUGUUUACGGAACAUGUUGCAGAAAAGCACAUUUACAACCUAAUGCCUUUACUUUUGGAAGCUCAGUCAACGCCCUUUCAAAUAACUCCUUCAACCAUGGCAAAUAUUGUGAAAGGCCUGUAUACACUACGACCAGAAUGGGUACAGAUGGCACCAGCUUUGUUUUCCAAGUUCAUCCCAAAUAUUCUACCACCUGCUGUGGAAUCUGAGCUUCAGGAAUAUGCUGCUCAAGACCAGAAACUUCAGAGAGAGCUUAUGCAGAAUGGAUUUACUAGGAUAGGCCAGUUGCUUGGCAGUAUUUCUUUUGCGAAGGACCUUAAUCAAGGCAUGCACAGCAGAGGUGACCAGUCACGCAAGAGAGCUGGAGAAGAGUUAACUUACAAUGGCUCAUCAACUUGUGCAAGCUCCAGGGGGUACAGAUAGUGAAUAUACUGGAUCAGCUUCUAUUCCUAGCCAGAACAGACACUGGAGGAGCGCAGGUGGUAUCCGGAGCCUCCUUUGGCAACUGCUGAUACUCGAGCUCUGACACGAGCUAUGCCUCAAAGAAGAGUUUUGGACUUUCUUCUUUAUAUAAUAAAAUGUCAGUUGCUGCUACAGUUGGGAUGACUUUGAAAGACAUGUUUCCUUGGUCUAACCUACCGACAAGUUCAUGUUCUGUGAUUUUUUUCUGUGAGGAAUGCACCUUGAAAAACGAUCCUUUCAAAGUGGAAACGGGCAGCGAAAUCAGCAGCUUCCAAAAGCGUUAGAAUGGAAGAAUCUUUUUUGCACUCUUUUCUUAAUAUUAAGGACAUUCUUAAAACUAGUUAACACAUCAGUGUAUUAGUUUUUAAACUUCAAGGUAUUUUCUGGAGCUUUUACUUAAUAAGAAUAAAGUUUCAUUAUUUUACAGUAUUUGUUUGUUAGUUCAAAAAUGGUCACCUUUGAGGAGUUGGUCCCAUGUAAACGUAUCUUCUGUCAGGGAGUUUAAAAUUCCAGAUUUUUCUUUUCUCUUUGUUUUUUUUGUUACUUGGUAUUUUGAAUCUCUUUUCCUGUGUGUUUGUACUCUGUGCCUUCAGCUUGUGCACUUUGCAACUUCAGAGACCAUAUUUUGUUUACUGCAAAAUGUGCUCGAGUCAAAACUUGAUGCGAACAAACAUGCUGCAAAGUUGCACUUUUCUCUUGCAUUAAUGGGAGGUGAAUUUAAUGAGGAAGGGAGAAAAGUUGAACCUGUCACCAUCACUGAUAGUGACUUGAAAGUUUGUCCCCUUUUUAAUUUUCCUGUAUAUUUGUGUUUAAUGCUGGGACCAACUCUUGCAGAACCCUCUCAUUGACUUUUCAUUGGCUUCCAUAAUUGCAAUAGAUCGAGAUGUGAAUUCCAGAUUGAAUGAAAUACUAAGAUAUGUUUUAUGUUGUGCUAUGUAGCGACAUUGUGGACAAAAUUCUCCAGUCCAGUAGGUCUGCAGUGUGCAUCUUUGUCAGCACAAACUAGAUGUGCACCUGGUAGAUCUGCGAACAAUGGUACCUGUCCAAGAUCACUUGGUGGCUUCUGUGCCACUUCUCCUGUUUUGGGAAUGUGAAGGGGGUAUGAUGGUGGGUGUAGUCAGAAUCAGGGAGUUGAGGAGUGGUGUAAUGCAGCCUCUUGCUUCCAGUCUUGUGUAGACUCAGUUGGAUAUCCAGCUGAGCCCAGUUCCAGGAGAUCUGGACUGAUGGUCUAAAUCCUAGUGAUUGUGACAUGGGUUUUAAUCAGUGGUAUGUCUAAUGCAGUUCUUUCAUGAGAGGAGACAUAUACUUGAAAAAGCAGUUUGACUACAGAGUUUGUUGGUGUUUGGGUUUUUUUUUUGUUAUUACUAUGGAUUUAUUUUCAGUACCUUUAGUUCUGAAGAGAAAUGAGUUGGUAAUAUAAAAUCUUUCCGAAGUGAAACAAACUUUGUUCAGUUUUGUCUUGCACAACUCUUACGCCUGUUUAAGAACAGCACCACACAGACACCCACCAACCCCCUUUAUGCUUGCAUGAGUUCAUUACAAAAUGCAGGAAAAAGACAAAAAUAGAUGCGGCAGGGACAAAGCUUCUUUUUGUUUUUGUUUUGUAUCCAGGAGUCAUGUAAAUGAAUUUAAUUCAGUCCAUUUCACAUCAGCCGCUUUGGCAAUGCCGCUAGUUUGGAGGGUGGCAGGGAGGAAGAAUGAGAAGGACACUGCUGUGUUUGACAGAUUCAGAUCUGAUUUACCUGUGUGUUUCUUUGCAUAUUUGCAAGGACUAUUUAAUUUUGAGGCAGCUUUUCUUUUAGAAUGAAAAAUGAAUGUUUGGUGUGGUGUUUUCUAUGUAGAACAAUGCCAGCAAUCUAAUUUCAUCCCCAGUAAUGGAAAAUCAAACCACUUGGUAGGGAUUUUUCAAGUGUUGAUAGUGCUUCAACUUUGCUAUUAGGUACUUAAGUUGAAGCAGAAUUAGGUACAAACAGGGGUUUUGUAAAUACACGGUGGAUAAAUUAAUGAAGGCUUGUAGGGAACAAAAUGAUUUGCCAGCUUCCACAUUUUCUGACAGUUUUGGAUUUGAACAAAAAUAAAACCUCUGAUAGCGUCCUUAGCUUUAAAAUAAUCAGUGUUUACUGAAAUCAUGACAUUCCUGAGUAAAGAAUAGAUGCAUUAACCUGAUUUGGUUAAAGUCUGUUUACAACUUCAUUACCAUUCUAGCCCAUAUAAUACAGUAAUCAAGCUCUGUUGUCUUUGUCAAAUGAUCACAGUCUUUUUCUGUUCUUAAAGUGGUUUUACUGGGUCAAGUUUGUAAAUAACAUGCUUUCGCUUCAUUGUCUGAGGCAAGGGUUCAACAUUCAUUUUACAUUGCAUUAUGUUUGGGACACAAACUUCUUGAACAGUAAAGGUAAAGCAUUUCUGUUGGCAUGGUUCACUCUGUGUGCCAUGAGUAGUGCUUGCAUAUUCCUCAGUCCUCUGUAGCAUUCUCACUUGGCCACCAUACCAGAGAAAUCUGUUUGUUAAGCACUGUAUUAUGUUGUAAAUUUGGCAUUAAAAUUCCUGUAUGUUUUGGCAUUAUUAACAUAAUGCUGAAAUACUGUUUUAUCUGUUGAAGACGUUCUCAUUGUGACUGAGCAUGGAACAGAAUACAGCUUACGAUACUGAAUCAUUUUGUUUCUCUGUAAACUUUUACUUACAGUAAAACUAACUCAGCCGACUUGAGCAUUGGUACUGUUAAGCCACAAUUACCAACAGCAUGAUCCUAACUGCAGUAUUUAAUUUAACCAGAUAACUUGUGGUAAAUCCAUUGCAUUUGUAGCUUACUCUGUUAAGAUUAAGCAGUAAAGUUGGUUAUACCAUGGGUGUCGUCUUCAUGUUGCACUGGUUCUACAGCCAAACUUGCUACAUUAAAAUAUUUGUAGAUUAAUUUCA